CACAGGAGUGUACCCACAGCAUUUGGUGUCCUGAAAAGUGUUAUGUGGCCGUGGGCAUGUGAGACGGUGUUUGAAUGAUGCUAAGUGCGGAAAGAUGGCGGCAUGUAUAGGCGAAUGGAAGUGAAUCAUGGAUUAGUUUGAAGAUCAGUUUCAUCCUAACCUUCCAAGAACCAUGGGCCAAUCAUCUACUGCCGCCAUCGUUGUGGGACUUGUUCUUUCUUUAGUCUGUUCUCAUUUUAGUAGCGGAGAGCCAAGAGGUUUCCGCCAAUCUUUGUUGUCUGAUUCGAAUAAGACCUCGUCCGAAUCCAACAAUCGGGAGGGAAAAGUGUUUUCCCUCUUUAACAUUGUUCAGUUCAAGAAUGAAGGCUGUCGAAGCUCAAGCACCAUAAGCAGCGGCGGGACCGGAUCAACCAAUCGGAACGGCACUUGUUACACGUCCACCGAAUGCGCCACGAGGGGUGGAUCAGCAGCUGGAUCUUGCGCUGCCGGGUUUGGGGUCUGUUGUGUGUUCUUGGUUUCUAGAUCUGGAGCCACGGUAGCUCAGAACUGCACAUAUUUGCGAAAUCCGAGUUUCCCUAAUGCUUACGCGGAAACAUCACAAGUGUCUUACAACAUUCAGAAAUGCGACAGAAGUGUCUGCCGAUUGCGUUUGGACUUUGAAUCGUUCACCAUUCUGGGAACAGGAAACACACUAGAAUUUGUAGAUGAAACCAAUCAAGGAGGGACGUGCUUGGAUAUGUUCACAAUAUCGACGAACACCGGAAAUUCAUUUCCUAUUAUAUGCGGACAAAAUACAGGACAGCACAUUUAUGUGGAAAUGGGUUGUCUGGAAUCUGACACAGCCACAUUAAACUUCAACUUUAAUGGUGCCACUGCAGUUAGAAUGUGGGAAAUCAAAGCCACUCAGGUGAAAUGCAACACAGAGGGACAACCCCAAAACUGCGGCUGCCUUCAAUACCACACGGGUUUGACGGGCAGGAUAACUACGUUCAACUUCCUUCCAACGAAUGACAAUCAUUUGGCCAAUCAAGAAUAUUCGAUUUGCAUUCGCCAGGAGGCUGGAAUGUGUUGUGUUGAAUACUUGCCUUGCGCUGAUACCAGCUCAUACUCUUUGGAAGGCAUACCCGAUGACGUAAAUAAGCAAGAUUCCCAAUGUAGUAAGGACUACGUGGGCAUUGAAGGAGGCAGCGCCACUUGUAAUGCUAGUCCAGGCGACGUGCUUUUCACCCGAUUUUGUGGUACCGUCUUCACCACUGGAAUAGCUGCCACCUUGAACAUGCCCAUCUGUGAUUGUUCCAAGCCAUUUCGUUUGGAUAUUUUUACUGAUGAUAAAUCUGAUAAUGCAAUUGACGAUAUGGAAAAUGAAGAGCAUUCAAGAG